AUGCAGCUGCUGAAGCUGUGCCGCGACCCUCAACACAUCUCUCCACCCAACCUUCAGCUGCUGAAGCUGUGCCGCGACCCUCAACACAUCUCUCCACUCAACCUUCAGCUGCUGAAGCUGUGCCGCGACCCUCAACACAUCUCUCCACUCAACCUUCAGCUACUGAAGCUGUGCCGCGACCCUCAACACAUCUCUCCACUCAACCUUCAGCUACUGAAGCUGUGCCGCGACCCUCAACACAUCUCUCCACUCAACCUUCAGCUACUGAAGCUGUGCCGCGACCCUCAACACAUCUCUCCACUCAACCUUCAGCUACUGAAGCUGUGCCGCGACCCUCAACACAUCUCUCCACUCAACCUUCAGCUGCUGAAGCUGUGCCGCGACCCUCAACACAUCUCUCCACUCAACCUUCAGCUGCUGAAGCUGUGCCGCGACCCUCAACACAUCUCUCCACCCAACCUUCAGCUGCUGAAGCUGUGCCGCGACCCUCAACACAUCUCUCCACUCAACCUUCAGCUGCUGAAGCUGUGCCGCGACCCUCAACACAUCUCUCCACUCAACCUUCAGCUGCUGAAGCUGUGCCGCGACCCUCAACACAUCUCUCCACUCAACCUUCAGCUGCUGAAGCUGUGCCGCGACCCUCAACACAUCUCUCCACUCAACCUUCAGCUGCUGAAGCUGUGCCGCGACCCUCAACACAUCUCUCCACUCAACCUUCAGCUGCUGAAGCUGUGCCGCGACCCUCAACACAUCUCUCCACUCAACCUUCAGCUGCUGAAGCUGUGCCGCGACCCUCAACACAUCUCUCCACUCAACCUUCAGCUGCUGAAGCUGUGCCGCGACCCUCAACACAUCUCUCCACUCAACCUUCAGCUACUGAAGCUGUGCCGCGACCCUCAACACAUCUCUCCACUCAACCUUCAGCUGCUGAAGCUGUGCCGCGACCCUCAACACAUCUCUCCACUCAACCUUCAGCUGCUGAAGCUGUGCCGCGACCCUCAACACAUCUCUCCACUCAACAUUCAGCUACUGAAAUCUUUAUACAGUAAAAUCAGAAUGAUUUACGGGUGGUUUAGCAGAGUAGGCGUCGUCGGCUCAUGUUAA